AUGUUAGCAAUGUUUCACUGGGCACGUUGGUUGGGAAUCGCUGGUUCUACUAGUAAAUAUUACUGGAAACUUUGGGGCAUGGCAUUGAUAUUCGUUUUAACAGUUGUUGAAAUUGGUGCGAUAUGGAAAGUAAUAAAAGCGCUCGCAGGUUGGGCGGCGAGCACGUCAGGGCAUAGAAGCGUUACAGCACGUUUAGCAGGAGCUACGUUGUAUGCGAAUGCUGUGUUAUCAAUAAUACUCUGCUGGAAAUUGUCUAGUUCAUGGCAAAGAAUAGUAGAUUUUUGGAUAAUAUUAGAUCGGGCAAUGGUAACAAGUCGUAUUCCAACAGACAAAAACUUAAUGAAAAAAUUUUCUGGAAUCAAAAAAUUUUUCAUUUUUUGUGGUGUUGCUGAACAUAUGAUGGGUAUUAUAUCAUUUGUUGGAGUUGAUUGCCCACCAUCGCUCUGGCUAGAAAAAUAUAUUCUUAUAUCUCAUGGAUUUUUAUUACGACCAGAUGAAUAUAAUAUUUGGUUUGGCAUAUCACUUAUGAUCCUGAGCAUGGUUGCAACAAUUUUGUGGAAUUUGCAAGAUUUACUUCUGAUCCUUAUCACGUUGGGCUUAGCUUCAAGAUACCGAAGGCUUAAUAAAUACGUUGCCACAGUUUGUUCUCAGAACAAAAAGGAGAUGGAUAAAUCAAAUGAUCUGGAUAUUUUGCAAAUGUACACGUGGCGUAAGAUAAGGGAAGCAUAUGUUAAACAAGCGGCCCUCGUUCGUGAAGUUAACAAUUUAGUCGGACCUCUAAUACUUCUAUCGAACUCAUGCAAUUUUUACUUCACAUGUUUACAUCUAUUUUUGGGAAUUACUCAAGGAAUAUCUGACACCAGUUUAGAACAAAUAUAUUAUUUGUUAUCUUUCACGUGGUUGUGUAUAAGAACAUCACUGGUAGUACUUUCUGCUGCUGAUGUAAAUGUUUGUUCUAAGGAUGCAUUACCUUACUUAUUUGAAUACAACACGCAAACCUACAAUUUAGAGAUUUAUAGACUUCAGUAUCAGCUACGUAAAGACUUCGUUGCUCUAAGUGGAAUGGGAUUUUUCUUUCUUACUAAAUCCUUGUUACUACAGAUGGGAGGUGCAGUCGUAACCUAUGAGCUAGUGCUAAUACAAUUUGAUAGCACUGAUUAUAACUUGACGAAUACAACUGCGUAUUAG